UGAGGAAUUCAAGUUCAGUACACGCGAAGAGCUCAAUCCGUUUGGACGGUGGUGAGAAAUAAACUCGGAAGUCGAUGGCAAAACAUAAUACAUAGUAUUUGUAUUUAAUAAUAACAAACGUUACAACGACCCCAAAUGCGAUUAUUUAAUUGCUGACACAAAGGAAUCAUACUGCAGAAAAUAAUUUAAACAAAAAAUAAAAAAUAUAAUUACAAAAAAAAAAAAAAAUUAAUAAAGGAAAUAUAUAAUUAUUGUUUUAAUAAGGACUGCUCAAGCGCGAAAUUGAUUGUUUUAAUUGAAAACGCCUUAUUUUAAAACAAAAGUUGAUAUAAUUAAAAAAAAUAUAGAAGUGUAAGCUAAAAUAUUAAAUAUUCUUUUUGAAAAAUAUUAUCAGCGCAACUCAACGUUAUCACAAUGCCAUCGGAAAAAUCAAUUUACAAUCCGAAUCCGGCAAUUAGCCGUGAUGCCUACAUAUCGAGCAUGGCUGAGUAUAGAAAAUUCUAUGAGGAAUCAUUGGAAAAUCCAGAGGAAUUCUGGAUGCGCGUAGCCAAACAAUUUCAUUGGGAAACACCAGCCGAUCCAAAAAAGUUCCUGCAAUACAAUUUUAAUAUAACCAAAGGACCAAUUUCCAUUAAAUGGAUGGAAGGUGCUUCCACAAAUAUUUGCUAUAAUCUUUUAGAUCGCAAUGUACGCAACGGACUGGGCGACACUAUAGCCUAUUACUGGGAAGGCAACCAUCCCGAUGAUUAUUCUCGUGGUCUCACCUAUCGCAAAUUGCUGGAAGAAGUCUGUCGCUUCGCCAACGUACUUAAAGAUCAUGGCAUUAAGAAGGGUGAUCGUGUCUCAAUUUAUAUGCCGAUGAUUCUUGAACUGCCGAUCGCCAUGUUGGCAUGUGCCCGCAUCGGUGCUGUACAUUCCAUUGUUUUCGCCGGCUUCUCAUCCGAUUCGUUGGCGGAACGUAUGUUCGAUUGCCAGGCAAAGGUUUUGAUCACCGCUGAUGGUGCUUGGCGUGGCGAGAAACCAUUGUACCUGAAGGCACUCUGUGAUAUCGCAUUGGAGAAGGUCGAGGAGAUGGGUCACACGGUGGAAAAGUGUAUUGUGGUGUCACAUUUAAAACGUGUAACACCCUGUGUUGAGGAUCAUGUCGAACAGGAUAUACCGUGGACGGAUGAUCGUGAUUUCUGGUGGCACGAGGAGAUGGAAGACAAAGAGCCAGCCUGUUAUCCUGAAUGGAUGGAUGCCGAAGAUCCACUUUUUAUGUUGUAUACAAGUGGUUCCACUGGCAAGCCAAAGGGUGUUUUGCAUACUACAGCGGGUUAUUUGUUGUAUGCGGCAACAACAUUCAAAAUUGUCUUCGACUAUAAGCCAGGUGAUAUUUAUUGGUGCACAGCUGAUAUUGGCUGGAUCACCGGACACACGUAUGUGGUGUAUGGACCGUUGGCUAAUGGCGCUACAUCGGUGAUGUUUGAGGGUACACCUUUCUAUCCCGAUAAUGAUCGCUUUUGGGCAGUGAUCGACAAAUACAAGGUGACACAAUUCUACACCGCUCCAACAGCUAUACGUGCGCUUAUGAAGUUCGGUGAAGCACCGGUUUUGAAGCACAACCUAAACGGUCUGAAGGUACUUGGCAGCGUGGGUGAACCCAUCAAUCCAGAAGCUUGGCUGUGGUUCUAUCGUUAUAUUGGCAAAGAGAAAUGCUCGAUUGUUGACACAUUCUGGCAGACAGAGACUGGUGGUCACGUGAUCACACCCAUUCCCGGCGCUACGCCGAUGAAACCUGGCUCAGCGUCAUUCCCAUUCUUUGGCGUUAAGCCGACCCUGCUCGAUGAGAGUGGUAUUGAAAUCAAGGGCGAAGGUGAAGGCUAUUUAGUAUUCUCACAACCAUGGCCGGGUAUGAUGCGCACGUUGUUUGGAAAUCAUGAACGUUUUGAGAGUACAUACUUCUCGAAAUUCCCUGGCUUCUAUUGCACUGGAGAUGGUGCACGCCGCGACGCUGACGGUUACCUCUGGAUCACCGGACGUGUCGAUGACAUGCUUAACGUUUCUGGACAUCUUAUGUCCACAGCCGAAGUGGAAUCUGUGCUUACCGAACAUCAUCGUGUAGCCGAAGCUGCUGUCGUCUCACGACCACAUGCAGUGAAGGGUGAAUGCCUCUACUGCUUCAUAACACCCAAUGAGAAUGAAACUUUCGAUGCCAAGCUCGUAUCGGAAUUGAAGAAAUUGGUACGUGAACGUAUCGGACCUUUCGCUAUGCCCGAUGUGGUACAACAUGCACCCGGUUUGCCCAAAACACGCUCCGGCAAAAUAAUGCGUCGUGUGCUGCGCAAAGUAGCGUUGAAUGAUCGUAAUGUUGGCGAUAUCUCAACGCUGGCCGAUGAGAGCAUCGUGGAUCAAUUAUUUAAGAAUCGACCGGCGGAAAAGUAAAUAACAGUAAAAUGAGUAAUGUACAACUGCGACAUGCAUACAAACAAAAGUAGGUACAAUGGUGUAUGUUUGUAUGAAAAAGAUACAAAAAAUUUUAGAAAUAAUUUGUAAAAAGUAGGAAAUGGAAAAGACGCCGACGUCGAUGUGCAACGAUACAGUUAGUGGGCAGCGAAUUGGUGCUAAGCAUUUAAAAAUAUGCUUGACAACAAACAAAAUCAAACACAAAGAGCGAUGAAAAUCCUCACAAGUCACAAUAGAUCAAUACAAACCAACAUUUUUUAGCUGUUUUUUUAGAUUUUAUGUGUAUCGUGCAAGCUCACUCGUAUUAUGCAUAUGUACAUAUGUAUGAAUAAUGAAUAAUAAUAAUGAACUCUCCAAAUAUUUUAAGUGUGUAAGUAAAUAAGUUUUCUUUAAGUUCUAAACACCAUAGCACAAAUUUUGGUUUCCAGGUUUCCAAGAUUUGGUUCUUUCGAAAAGUUUAGGCGCAUAAUAAGAGGUGAUUUUUUUUUUUUAAUUAAAUGUCAUUAACAAAUUCAACUGAGACAGACAUUUCAUAUAAAAACAUUAAAAAAUAAUAGAUUAAUCAGAAUUAUGAGAUGAGUUAAUUUAGCUUAAGAUGCUAAGCUCACAUUCCAUAGAAUGAAGUUCAAAUCAAAAAUAUUCGAGAGAAACAUUUUUUUUGUUUUUGCAAAGAAGCGUAUUACCAGCUUUGCGAGGCUGAGAAUAUGCUCAGCGAACUACAGAUACUAUUGUACAUAUGACUUAUUGUAUAAACGCUUUUGAAUCGAAUUCAUUAAUAUGUAUCCUAACACCUAAAUAUUUUUAAGUAAAUAAUUUAAAAGAAAAUUUUGGCAACAAAAAAAAAACAUUAAACAAAUUGAUAACACAAGUGGCAAGUUUUUAAGUUAAAGAAAAAUUAUUUUAUGCGCAGAAAAGUUUUAGCCAGUAAUGCCUGCCUCAAAUGGUUGUAAAAGUUUUGACUUCUCUGAUUAUGCGCCUGUCAACUGUAUGUACAUUUGUAGCUUGCUAUUCCAGUAUAUUCUUAACACAUAAUUUACUUGCAAUCUAUAUAUACAUAUGUACAUAUAUACAUAGUAUAUGGCAUAUGUAUAUUUGUAGCAUUAAAAAAUAAAUAUGUAAUUAUGUAGUAAGGAAAAUAUAAUUUUAUAGCGAAGGCAAAUGUUAAACAAGGAAUCAAAUAUACCACAAAUACAUAUAAACAUACAUAAAAAAUACAUAUGUAUUUAUGAAAGUUUGUAGUAAAAAUCAUUAAUUUAGUGAAUUAUCUCAUAUACAUAUGUACGGCAUAUAUUUCAAAUACAUACAUAUGUAAGUAGUUUUUAAAUUAGUUUCUGUACAACUUCUUAGCGCAUUGGUUUACAGAAAGCAUGUUUAGCAAUUAGUUUUUAAUAUAACACCAUGUUGAUAUGAAUGCACUCGUUUUUUUCGCUUAUAAUUCUUUUUAUUUAAUGAACUUUGCUUUUUACUUUGGAAUUAUUGUAGAUUUUUGAUGUGAUAAAUGCGUAUAUAUUAUAUUAAUUUAAAGUAUAGAAAUAUAUAUUAAAAUAUAUUGUUAUGUAGAUUUUUAUUAUGUUUAGAAAUGUAUGGACUUGUAAGAAAUGUCAGAAAUACAUAACAAAACAAAAAAUAAUAGUAAACAUUUAAACACAAAAAAUUUUAGUUUUCAUACCACACUGAAGACAGGCUCGCUUAGUGUAUACAUGUGCAUAUAUAUAUAUAUAUAAGCAUACUUAUAUAUAUAUGUAUAUAUAUGCAUGCAUGUGGGUAGACAUUACGUCUGCGUAAAAGGUAAGUAAAUUGCUUAUAGUUACUUAGGCUUAAUUUUAAAUCUGAUUUUCGGGAUUAAUUUUUGUUUAUUUUUCAAACCGGUAUUUUAAUUGAUUAAUAUUUUAAAAUUCUUAGGAUACGUUUUUUUUACUUUUUUUAUUCCGAUAUUUGGGAUUAGAAAUUUGAUAACUGUUUUAAAUAAAAUGUUUGGUAUUACAAAUUUAAACAAAAUUUAAUUGAAAUGUCAAUUCAAUUAGUUUUAAUGCAUUAUUUGCAACAAUCCUUCAUAUCUUGUGUUUUAAUGUGUUCUAAAAUACGCGUUGGAAUUUAACUUAUAGUCGUUGUGCUCGAUUAGUAGUAUGUUCUCGAUUAUUAGUGAAUAAUUUUUUUUCUUCUUUAUCAUUUUGAAUUUAGCAUCCUCUUUUAUAAAAUUUUUUUAUAUAUAAUUAUACAUUAAUACCAAUUUAUUGACGAACUUUUUAGAAAAAACCAAAAAACUUUAAAAAUAAAAUAGUUGGAUUCCCAUACUAAAAUUUAGAAUAAUAAUCAUUUAUUAUUAGUUCAAAUUUAUAAGUUUAUUAAAAUUUAAAAUAAUUUAUCCGAUUGUUGAUUAAUAACAUUUAUAGAAUUUAAAUUUUGUGAAUAUAAGUAAAUGUAUUUAAAAAUAUUUUAACCAAUUAUAUAUCGAUAAAAAAUAGUUACUUCCCAAACUAAAAUUUAGAAUACUAUCAUAUUGUAAUAUUUUUUUACAUUUAUUAGACAGUUUAAAAUAAUUGGUUCGAUAAAUUUUUAGCUAAUUGCUAUAAUCGAUAACAUAGUUUUUUGCAACCCUUUAAUUUGUAUAGCACAAUUUUUGUAUAAACUUUAAGCAACACAUGCAAAUUGUGCUAUACAAAUUAAAGGGUUGAUCGUUUAUCGAUAAAUACUAUUGAUUAUAAAUAUACACACAUAAAAAAAAUUAAUUUUUAUAUUUUCAUUAUUAUUGUUUUUUUUUUUAAUAAUGUUUAUAUAUUUAUUAUUGUUUUUUUUAUAUUAAGUUUUGUUAUAAUUUUUAAUAUAUUAAAUUAUUUUUUUAUAUUUUUUAUUAUUUUUAUUAUUAUGUAUUUUAUAAUUUGUUAUUAUAUUAUUUUUUUAUAUUCAGUAUAGACACAGUGGAGCAACACUUAUUAAUAGAUUUUCAUUUGAUUAUAUUACCUACAAUACUUCUUAUGAUUCGGAAAAUAAAGGGAUAUUAUAAUAUAAAAUUCUGGAUAAGAAACUCACUCAAAAAUAUUUCGUUCCCCAAAGUUGUAUUUAAUAAGUAUUUAUUUGGAAAAGGCAUCACUAUCUACAAAAACUUUUUUUUAACAUAUUAUGACAGUAGAUUUUACAUACAAAUAAUUUAUAAAUUUAAUUUCUUAAUGAUAUCUAGCAGAGACAUACUUUUUCCUUUAAGGCACCAUAUUUAAAAGUAUAAAUGAGUAUAAACUUAUAUCACUUAAAAAAAGUUGAUUGAAAAAUAUGUAAACUGCAAAUAAAGGCCAUCCAUAAGUAUAUAUAAACAUACAUACUUAAAGAAAUAUAUAUAUUUUGAGCAGAAUAUAUAAACUUGUGGCUUCCUAAAUCCAACUGGUAUAUUAGUGAAAAAUAUAAAGUUGAAUUGGCUGUAACCACAACCACACAAACAUGCGUACAUGCAAACAUAUCGUUAGGCUGUAAGUUGUGAUUAUUUAACAUAUCAGUAGGGAUAAGAGAGACUUAUGUAGUUCUCAAAUUGUGAAUAAGUCUGCAAAUAAAGAAAUAAAGGCGAUUUUCAAGAGGGAGGCAAUUAAUGACUGCUUGUUGGACUGCACAGACACCUGUUUGACUGUGUUGAAUUUACAUUUUCAAUGAUGCAAACUAUUUGCAAAAGACUCGCAAGCAACAAAUACAUAUCACGUAAAUUACACUUGUUUAUUAUGACUAUAUAGCAAAUAAAUAUUGUUUACACACUUUAAAUGUAUGCAAUGUCGAAAAGUAAAAUCAAAAAAAACUUUGCACAUUGUAGCCCUCCCGGAAGAAUGCUUUAUAACAAAGUUACACUAGUUCUAAGGCAUGCUUCAUGACUUUAAUCUAAAUUUACAUAUUUAAAAAAUAUUAUUGAAAUCUUAAUUUAUUACACAAGCAUGCUGUUGUUGUUGUUCGUUUCAACUGGCUGUAGAGCUAUUGAAAAAAUUUAAAAAGUUGUUUUAAUUGUGAAAAAAAGCCGAGAAGCCAAUCUAUAUACACACAUACAUAUGUACGUAUAAUAAAUGUGAAUUCCGUUACUUCAAAAACUUAGUAUUUAUUUAAAAAAAGUGUCUAAUUGUUGCAAAAUUAUAUGAUGAUAAUGACAAUGGUUAUUCAACACUAACGCAUAUACAAAUAGUAUGUAUGUAAAUUAAUGUAUAAAUAUUUAGCCGAAAAUAAAAGAGCAAUAAAAUGCAAAAUGUAAACAAAAAUUUUAAAAAGGGUUAUAAUUUGUUUUUAUAAAGGAGUUGUAUCAACUUGGUAAUUUGAAAAAAUCGAUUUUUGUUAUAUGUAUAUCGAAUGUACAAUACAUACAUAUACAAAUUUGAGAAUAUUAUCCGAAAAUUUGAAGUGGAUACGGCAAAUAGUUGUGCACAUGACUGUAUUUGUAAGAAUUUGUUAAGUUAGUGUAAUCGCCUCCCAAAACUUUAUACGCGUUUUUUCAAAACGCUGCUUUCCGAGCCGGUGAAGAAAAUUUCUUCGAAAUGACUGGGCCGAUCGACUU